GCUGCUCAGCGAGUAGCUACUAUAUAGGCUGAAGGAUUCAGUGUCAAAGAAACACUCGCUUCUGAUUGGUUUGCAGACACUGUAGGCGACAAACUCACAACGGCUAAAUUUGACCACAAGAAAGAAACAAUCGCAACUAUAUUCUGAUUCUUAAAUAAUUAUGACAAAACAGGUCUAGCAAUAUAGAUAUAAAUACCAUGGUUAUUAUCUUAUUUCAACAAAAUCGAUUUGUGCUCCACUUUGCCAUUGGACGCACCGUCUUGUCUCUGCGCUCCUCCAAGAUCUCGCGGGAUUAAAGAUGUAACGGGUGCUUAAGAAAAAAAAAAGGAAAAAAAGGUGGUUCGGUGUCUGCACCGGGUUGUCAGCAGAGCGGCACAGGUAGCCAGCUGCACCUCUGUGGGCUCAAGCUCGUCUACAUAGCGACGCUUGACUCUGUACGUGACACGACUGGGGAGUAUCUGGAGGUGCGAGCCUCGGCGAACCCAGCCCGCUCCAUCAUAACCGGCGCAGGUCACCUUAGCGCUCUCCUACCGGCAUUUUCCGUCCACCGUCUCCGAAGAUGAUACCUGGCAAUCGCAGAGCUGCAGUCAUGAUCUUCUCGGUGGCGAUAUUUGGAGCUCUGAUGCUGCAGUCCGUCUCAUCUCAGAACGCACCGGCAGGCUUUGUGAAAUCACCUCUUUCUGAGACUAAGCUCACAGGUGACACCUUUGAGCUGUACUGUGACGUGGUAGGUAACCCCACCCCCGAAAUCCAGUGGUGGUACUCUGAGAUCAACCGAGCCGACUCUUUCAGGCAGCUGUGGGAUGGCGCCCGGAAGCGGCGGGUGUCCAUCAGCACCGCCUACGGCAUCAAUGCUGUGAGCGUGUUGGGGGUAUCGCAUCUCACACUAGACGAUUCUGGGACAUACGAGUGCAGAGCCAGCAAUGACCCACGGCGUAAUGACCUCCACCAAAAUCCAGCCACCACCUGGAUCCGUGCUCAGGCCACUAUAACAGUACUGCAGAAGCCGUCGAUCGCUGCCUCCGAACACGUCACACUUCCAGUGGAAGGAGAAAGCCUCACACUGCAGUGCAACCUGACCAGCCCCCACAACACCGUCCAGGAAAGCUUCUGGAUGAAGAACGGUGAGGAGAUCCCGGAAACGCGUGACUCAAGCAAGAACACUGAGUACAGGCUGAAGAGACCAAGAGCAGAUGACGCUGGAGUGUAUAUGUGUGUCUACACCUUCAGCACGACUCCUUCGGCCAACGCCACCAUCGAAGUUAAAUCUGCUCCUGAGAUUGUAGGCCACAAACGUAGUGAGAAUAAGAACGAGGGCGAGCACGCUAUACUCCACUGUAAGUCUGUGGGCUAUCCUCACCCUGCGUGGUCCUGGCGCAGGAACGACAAGGACUUUGAAAACUCAACACGCAUCUACAUCGUCAGCAAAGACAACUACACAGAGCUCCACAUUCUGAAUCUGGACAUUAAUGAAGAUCCAGGGGUGUACGUCUGCAACGCCACCAACAUGAUUGGCCACACUACUGAGAAAUCUGUGCUGAGGGUUCGCAGCCACUUGGCCCCCUUAUGGCCUCUCCUGGGGGUUUUGGCUGAGAUCAUCAUCCUGGUCAUCAUCAUCGUUGUUUAUGAGAAGCGCAAGAAGCCAGAAGAUUUACAAGACGAUGAUGACCUAGCUGGACCAAUGAAAACUAACUCGACCAACAACCACAAAGACAAGAAUCUCCGCCAGAGGAAUACAAACUGAGCAGCCUGUCUGCUGAGUCUCAUUAUACAUGUAUUGACCAUAUGAAGGUAAACAAGAAUGGACUCCAUACCCGUUGUUUAUAGGACGCAUCUGCCAUUAAAAGUAUGGUUGUGGAGGAAUUAAAUGAGGCAUGCCUUAUGAUUUUAUUGUGUGAGGGUGUGAGGUCAGGAGGUACCCAAACCAUUAUAGAAUUGUUAACAUUAUAACCAUUGUGACUGCAUGCGGUUGUUGACGUUUAUUAUUUUUCCCCACGCUCUUAACCACUAAUUUAACAUUUUUACUACUUCUAAAAAUAAUGCAUGCAAGACGUUGACCUUCUGUUUGAUACAGAAAUGGCUUUUUUUUGGUUUUGUUUUCUUUUUUCUCUGAGAGUGGCUUCAUUUUAAUAAUCUGUACUGUGUGUUUUAGAGGAAAAACGACACUCAGCAAAAGAAAAUACCACCAUAAUCUGGUAUGACAGAUGUGUACAGUUUUAUCAUCCUGCUGCAUACCAUUGGUUCAUUUUAUCCGACAGUAUCUAUUACAUUUAAGGGCUUUGCAAUGUCCCUCUAAAUUUGAUUAAGAUCUACUGUAUGUAUGUACUGUAUGUAUUAAAUCACAAUAACUAUAUAUCAGAUCACCGUUAAUAUAAAGACUAUCCAUAUUAUAUGAUGCACUUAAAUGUUGAAAAGUAUGAAAAAAACCUGUAUAAAAGCCUACUUUAGGAAAUCUGUACUAAUCAUUCUAACGUAUUAUUUUAUAAUUAUGUGUAUUGUACAGCAUGGCUAUUAUCCUAUGCAAUUAUCAUCCAUAUCAGUAUAUUGCAAAUCAUUGCAGCUUUUGAUUUCUCUGUGACAAAGCUUUAAUCUAGUAGGAUCACCGUAGAGCGUUGAUGGCACACAACACAGCUGCAUGAAUUCUCGACAGCUUACGUGGGGCAGAAAGGAAAGCCCGCGUCCGAGCUGACACAUGUGAAGCAAUUCCAAGAUCCUGAGUCAUUUUUAAAAAUAAACAUCUUAAAAAAUCAAACGUGUC